AUGGAUGAUCUUCAAUCUUCUUCUCCUUCUCCUUCUCCUCUCCUCCACUUCAUCUCAUCUCCCUCACAACAACAAGAACCUGAACCUGAAGAACCUUUAUUAUUAUCUCUUGAUGAUGCCAUUGAACACUAUAUUGGCAAAGCGAGCUUUCCACUAGCUCAAGUCCUCAUAGUCUCUUGCGCUUGGAUCUUUGAUGCUCAACAAAGUUUCAUCAGUGUCUUCUCUGACAAACAACCUCCAUGGCACUGUACUCACCCUGAUGACACAUCAUGCUCCACCACCUCCCUCCCAUGCUCCUUACCGAAGACUUCUUGGUCAUGGGACAACCCUAAGCAUGCCUCCAUGAUAUCAGACUGGAAUCUGGAAUGCUCAAGCACUUUUAUUCAAGGCCUCCCUUCUUCUGCCUACUUCGCCGGCUGCCUUGCCGGAGGUUUCAUUCUCUCCACCCUCUCCGACACUCGCCUCGGUCGUAAGAACAUGCUUCUUCUCUCUUCCCUUGCCAUGUCCAUCUCCAGCAUCAUUUCAGCUGCCUCACCGAAUAUUUGGGUAUAUGCUGUGUUGAGAUUUAUUACUGGCUUCGGUAGGUCCACAAUAGGCAGUAGCUCUCUUGUUUUAGCUACCGAGAUGAGCGGCAGGAGAUGGCGUGGAGAGGUCGGUGCUGUCUGCUAUAUCUUCUUCGCCUUUGGCUUCUUAUCUUUGCCAUUAAUGGCUUAUUUUACAAGAGAGAGUUCAUGGCGGAACUUAUAUCUCUUCAUAUCAGUUCCUUGUUUGUGCUACACCAUUUUGUUGUAUUUUUGUGUUCCAGAGUCUCCUAGAUGGCUUUUUGUGCGUGGGCAUACAAAAAAAGCCAUCCAAAUACUUAAAAAGAUUGGAUUGACACAAGAUGGUUCCUUAGAUUCAAAUUUGAUUAACCUUAAUUUUGUUGCAAAGGAGACAUGCAACAUGGGGACAUAUUCAAGUUUGAAAAUGAUGUGGGAGAGGAAAUGGGCUUUCUGGAGGAUGUUGACCUUAGUGAUCUUGGGGUUUGGAUGUGGAGUAGCUUACUAUGGGAUGCCAUUAGGAGUGGGGACAUUAGGGGUCAAUCUAUACCUAAGUAUCAGCUUCAAUGCGUUUGUUGAGAUCCUUGCAGCAUUGAUCAUCUUCUUUCUUAUUGGAAAAAUGAAGAGGAAAACAUCAGUGGUUGUGUUUUGUAUGGUGAGUGCUGUAUGUAGUGUUUCAUGUGUUUUUCUUAAGAUGAGGAGUGUUAGGACUGCAAUGGAGGUGGUGGCCUUCUUUGCAACAGUGAAUGCCUUCAACGUGGUGUUAAUUUACUGCAUGGAGUUGUUUCCGACAUGUCUGAGGAACACUGCAAUGUCAUUUACAAGGCAGGCAGUGGCAUUUGGGUGUUGUGUUGUGCCAAUAAUGGUAGCUGCCGGUAGAGAGCAUGAGUUUUGGUCUUAUGGAGUGUUUGGAUUUAUUAUUGGAGGGUGUGGUUUAUUUGCUCUUUACCUACCUGAGACUAAAGAUAAAUUAAUGUCUGAUACGUUGGAGGAACAAGAGAUUAUGGAGAGAGGAUUUUUAUCAAGUUAA